AUGCUGCCUCUGCCGAGCUCGAUCUUCGGUCCAACGCCUCUAGUGCAAGACCUCGACUCCCCCUCCAACUUCUCGACGAAGCUGCGCCUCCAGCAUUCCUCUCCCACCACCUCGUCCUCCUCAGCCCCGCAAGGACGUCUCUACGAAGUCGUCGAGCUCGGGCACUGGCGCACUCCUUCUCUCCUGAUCACCUCACAUGGCCAAAAGGAGGAUGCAAAGGCACUCAUGUCCUCAACGGCAGAUUGGGCAAAAUGGCAUCAAAGCAAAUGGACAACCCUACGCGUCUGGCCGGGCUUGGAUGCACGAGGGGCUCGAGAUGCUUGUCGUCGUUCUGUGAAAAAGUUGAAGGUGGCUUCAUCCAGCUCUUCUUCAACGCUGACCACCGAGCCAGUAAGAAUGGAGCGGCUUACUCGAAGUUCGAGCAAGUACCGGCUCGUCAUACCGAGCUCGAUGGGGCAGGGUGGUGGGCACGAGGUCUUCGAGUGGAGAUCAGAGCCUCACACACAGGAUAAGGUGGCUUUGCGCAAGUCAUUGGAAGGGGAUUGGAAGGGUUCGAGGAAUUGGAUGAGCACUUGGUCCCUCGUUCGCGUGGUCGGGGGCGAUUUGCCGGCAAGUGAGGUGGGAGAUGACGAGGAGUCAGCAGAGCAGGAGGAGGACGACGACGACGAUAAGGACGAAGCCACACUCGCUGACAGUGGAGACGCUAAAGUCAUCCCCACCGCCUCGGAGGACGAUCUGAAGAAGCCUCAGAACAUCAAGAUCGACGACGACGAAGAAGCAGACGAGGGCCCCCCGCACACUUCUUCUUCAGAAGACCUCCUCUCUUCCCUCCCCCUCUCCAGCAACGAGCAACUAAUCUGCACCUACGUCGCUCCAAGACGAUUCAGCAAAGCUUGGGCAUUCCAAAAGAAGAGGGGCAAGCUCGUCUGGCAUUCGGACGCAGUAAAAGCUUACGGUCUGGCGACGGGGGCCCAGGAAAAGGGGGAAUGGAAUGCACUGGUGGUCACGUCUCUGCUGGCUAUACUGCAGAAGAUGGAGCAGAUUAGACAGAACGCAGGUGCUGCUGCGGGGGCUAAUGCGGGGUCUGUGGCUGCUAUUUCGUGCUGA